GUUUAUUUGAUACGCGUGUUGCAUUGGAUACAGAACUAUAAACAUUAUUUAGAAGUCACAAAUAUAUAUACACAAAUUGCAUUAUAACAAAGGUCUCCAAAAUGGAUGGCGAUUUUGAACUUGAAAAAAUACGCCAGGAAAUCCAGCAAGAAAAGCAAAUGAAAGAAAUGUUGGAGCAAUCUGCAGCUGAGUUGAGAGCUACUGUAGAAGAACUAGAGAACAGAUAUGAUACAGUUGACAAUGAAGGAAAUGAGUGGAAAACCAGGUAUGAAACUCAAACAGAAAUAAAUGAACAGCUUGAGAGACAAAUACUGAAUUUACAGAAUAAAGUACAGGAAGCAAAAUCUAAUCUGAAAGAUGUACGAACUAGAGCAGGUAGGAACAUACAGUCCCGUUCAAGUAUGAUGAGUAAUUCUAUCCAAGGUUCUGGGUCAAUAGUUGACUCUAAACCUGGAUCAGCAACAACAAAAUCAACAGGAAUUGAAAUAAACAUUGCAUUUAGUCCCAGAGAAGCAGGUAAAACACCACGAGAUAUGAAUAGAUUUGAUGAUUUAUCUGAUGCAAAUCCACAUAUGAUAAGAAUGUUGGAAAAAGAAAAACAAAUGUUGUCAAGUCAACUGAGAGAUUUGGAAUGGAGAUUAGAUCAGGAAUCAAAGGCUUAUCAUAAAGCAAACGAUGUGAGACGAAAUUAUCAAAAUGAGAUCAGUUCAAAGAAAUUCCAAGCAUAUCAUAAGGCAAAUGAUGAACGAAAAACUUACAACCUAGAGAUAAAUACCACAAAACAUCAACAUGGUGAAAUGUCAUCUCGGCAAAGAGCAAUGGGGAGCAGAGAACAAUUGGACACUAUAUCAGGUUCUAGGACUCCAAGAGACUUGAGUCGGCCUUCAUAUCAAACUAAAUCAUCUGGUACAAAUAAUUCAAGGAACAGCAGAAAAAGUGGAAGUCAUGGUAGCUUAAGUAAUAUACCAGAAGAUCAAAGAAUAAUAGAUCCAAAAAGAGGGCCCAUUAAAAAGACAGCUGGAGUGAAAAAUUUGCCAAGUUUAGAAAUGACUUAAGUUAAAUGUUGCAUGUGCUAACUUUUAAUUUCUGUACGCAAUUACUGUUCACCAAGGACGUCACUGGUUCAUGAUAUUGUCAUUAGAUAUUUAUAUUCAUUUAUGUACAUAAUAUUUUUCUCUCGCUAGCGUCAAAGGUCGAGAAUGCUAGACAAUAGGGAUUACAAUCCUGCGGCGGCAUAAAGAAUUUGUUUAAAGCUUUAUAUUUCAGAGGGUACCUUGUAUGCAGAUGCCUUAUGUUACAAAGUUUCCGUCUGUCAUAUGUCCAAUGUCCUUGUCUCCUUGACCUUAUUUUAAUGGUUCAGCGACUGCUUAAAAAAUAUGUAUAGUGUUUUUGUUAUGUGAAUUUCUCAUUUACUACAAGUAAUAUGAUAACUAUAUUUGGUAUAUGAGUUCCCUUGCAAGGUCUACAUGUCCGUCAGACAGGGUUUACCUGACCUUGACCUCAUUUCAUGGAUAAGUGAUCAAGGUAAAAGUUACAUGAUUAGGUCGAUUUCUCAAAUACUACCAGCAGUAGGUCAACUAUAUGUGCUGAAUAGAAUGAUUGUAAGUUGUAAAUGUCAGUCUGUUGGUUUCAUCUGACCUUAACCUCAUUUUCAUGGUUCAUUGGACAAUGUUAAGUUUUUGUGUUUUGAUUUGUUUUCAAAUACUAUCAGCAGUAGGUUAACUGUAUUUGAUGUAUGGAAUGAUUGUUGAGUGUACAUGUCUGUCUGGCAGGUAUCAUCUGUCCUUGGCAUCAUUUUUAUGGUUCAUUGAUCAAUGUUAAGUUUCAGUGCAGUCUGGUCCUCUUCUAAGAUACCAUAAGCAAUAUCAACAUAAAAUCAAUCAUGAACUGUAAAGCAGGCGAGACAUUUCAGCAUGUGCACUCUUGUUACAAUUAAAUGAGAGUAUAAAGUAGGGCUGUUACGGUACAACCAUUUUGUUCAAUUAAUGUGGAUUCAUUUAUUUUUGUGGGUACCAAUAUUUGUAAAUUUAGGAGCAAUUGUAUUUUUCCUGGAUAUACGUCUUCAUGGUUUUGCCAAAGUUUGCUCAUAAACCUAUAGAAAAUUUAUACUUUGUUGGACAUUUAAAUUCAAGGUUUACCUUUAUCCACUACAUUAAUAAAAAUUGGUACUCCAUGACUAAUCCACGGAAACAUAGUUACCUUUUUUAAGAUUCAUUUGGGUGCUCUGAAAGCUUCAAAGUUUCAUUCAGUGCAUAUCCUAGUGAAACUCGUCACAGGAUAAUACCAGCAGCACUAAUAAUAUCACACAAUCCAGUGGGUAAAAAUAUUUAUCCAUUCAAGAUAGUUUAAUUUUCAAACUUUUAAAGUGCAAGGUGUACCAAACAUUUUUCAAAUUUUUAAAUUUAAAUACAGAGAAUAGAUGAACAGCACAGUAAAUGGGGUUAAAUGGUAGAAUCUGUUUCUCUAAUGAUUAAGUGGAAAACACUGUUCGCCAUGUUCCAAAUGAAUAUGGUGGCAAACUUCAUGAGACAAUGUGUAGUUUAUCAAACUGGUCAGAAAUGCUGUAAAUGCACACAGAAUUGGAGAAAAGCAUUUUCACAGUUGACAUUUCUAUAACCCAUUUUGAUUUGACCUAGACAAAAAUGCAUUGUCAGGAUAAGUGAGUGUAAUUUUUUUAUACUUUUAUGAAAAUUGCUAUGUUUUACCAAUGUACCGAUAAUUUUAAGAAACAGAUUAAUAUAAAUGUAAGGACAUUUAUCACUGAAAUUGAUGAUUUGACAACAGUUUUAGUUAUAACUCCAUUACCUCGCCUAUAACAGUUUAUUAAAGUGUUUUACAUUGAGAGUUUAAAUGUUUUUUAAACAUAUCUUUUGAAAUGAAAUUCAUUCUCACAUGUCAUUACACAAAUUAUUUUCAAAACAAUUAUUAUAGAACAACUUAGCAUAUAUAACAAUGUACCAUGAGUCUGAAGUGCUUUUCUGAAUUUACCUUCAUCAUGAUUGCAAGGGAUGUAUAAAAAUGUUUUCUUUAAUGUUGUAUAUACAGAAGAUACCUAGAGGGUUAUCAAACACCACUAGAAAAACAAACAAAAUAAAAAACAAAAACAGUCAUAGAAAACUAAAGAUUGGCAACAUGAGAACCCCUAAAAAUAGGGUGAAAUUAGGCAAUAAGGAUUAGGGUUAGCUUCAUAAGAUACAUGUACUUGUCCUGUAUCUAUGAAGCUUGCUUAUUUUAAUUUUUUUUUAAUUAAAAUUAGUAUAUUUUUAUGGGGCACAUUUUUCAUCAAGAAAUUAUUUUUUUUAAAUCUUUACUGAAUAUAAAAAUAUAUUCAAACUGUUAUACCUUGCUUCAUAAUGUAUAAUCUCACUUUGUACCAGUGCAAAUAAUAAGGUAGGAAAAUCAUUUAAUCAGCAACAUAUUUGUAUUAGAUGUGUCAGUCAGUGUCAAUGAAGGCAUAAUGUUAUUUUCACACUCCUGGUAGUGGUGACACUGGUUUAAGAUGUCUUUUGAUUUAUUAAAAUAUAUCAAUGGUUGUU